AUGAGGUGUAAGAAACAUCUUGCCGACCUGAGUAGCAGGGUCGGCGUCUGCGCCACUUGUCUCCGGGAGCGUCUUCUGGAGCUCAUCGCCGCCCAGGAGCAACGGGCUCAACUAAUCCGCGCAGCAACUACCGCCGCCGGUGACGACUGUCGGAAGCCCGACCCGCCUCCCCCGAUUUUCCCUCGGUCCGUUUCUCCCUACGUCGGUCGGGGGAAAUCGGACGAUGAUAGUGGCACGUGGAUCCGACAUCAAAGGUUCUACAGCACCCCUCAGGUCGGCCCCACGUACAGUGCCGCAACCGCCAGUUAUCUUGGAUCGGCCGGAUCGUUCAAGAAGAAGAACAGGUUCUCGGUUUUUUCGAAUCUGUUCAGAUCCAGAUCCGAGAAGUUCGAUUCGGAUCCUAGGGUUGAUAAUCAGUGCGAUGAGCCGUCCUCUUCAUCGGCUUCUCCGUCUUGGUUCGCUACAAUAUUCGCGGUUCUUCGGAAAAAGAAGCAAUCAUCGAAGACAUCCGGGGUGGAAGAAUUCGACCAAUUCGAACCUUGCGAUCGGAGAUCAUGCAGAGCCAUAUAUCGCGGAAUGUCCCCGGCGAUCGAAGUGGACUCGGGAGACGAGUGUGAUCGACCGCCAUCGGGAGGAUCGCCGGAGGUAUCCCCUUGGCGGAAAAGGACACCGACGCCAGCGAGGAGAUUCAAGGCCGGGACGAGGAACGUGUCGGGAUUAGCGUUUUGCUUGAGCCCGCUCGUGUGGGCGAGUCCUAACAGGCAAUGGAACCAAAAGGCCGGGUUGCAGCCGGACAUGUCGUUCACAGGAGAAUCUCGACUGUCGACGAUGAAACCCCACCUGGCGACCGCCGCAGGGUUCCGAGCGAAUAGGUCCAGGAAGCUGGCUGAUUUUGGUAGAGUCAAUCAUAACCGUUGA